CACGUCUUGGCGCAGGCGCAGUAGAGCGGCGGCGGCUGGCUGAGAGACACGAAGCGGCUGCGGCCUAGCCAGAGAGCCGGGCCUGUCGGGAAGAUGAAUUUCUUGCGGGGCGUUAUGGGCGCCCAGAGCGCUGGGCCGCAGCCUUCUGGAGCCGAGACGAUUCAGAAAUUAUGUGAUAGAGUAGCAUCCUCAACGUUACUUGAUGAUCGUAGGGAUGCUGUACGUGCACUAAAAUCUCUUUCAAAGAAAUAUCGCUUGGAAGUAGGGAUUCAGGCUAUGCCUCAUCUUAUCCAUGUUCUCCAAACAGAUCGUUCAGAUUCGGAAAUAAUUGGUUAUGCUUUGGAUACCCUUUACAAUAUUAUCUCCAAUGAUUUAGAAGAGGAAGAACAAGAUGAUUCUGAAGAAGAAAAUUCACAGAAGCAAGUUGAAGAUCUUGGAAGCCAAUUUACAGAAAUUUUUAUUAAGCAGCAUGAAAAUGUCACUCUUUUGUUGACAUAUUUAGAGGAAUUUGAUUUCCAAGUUCGGUGGCCUGGAGUGAAACUUCUUACAGCAUUGUUAAAGCAGCAGGGACCUCAAGUGCAGCAGAUCAUAUUAGUCAGUCCUAUGGGGGUCUCCAGGCUGAUGGACCUACUAGCAGAUUCUAGAGAGGUUAUACGGAAUGAUGGUGUGUUGUUACUUCAGCAGUUAACAAGAAGCAAUGCAGCCAUCCAGAAAAUAGUUGCUUUUGAAAAUGCCUUUGAGAGGUUGUUGGAUAUCAUAACAGAGGAGGGAAACAGUGAUGGAGGCAUUGUUGUGGAAGACUGCCUUCUUUUACUACAAAAUUUGUUGAAGAACAACAAUUCAAAUCAGAAUUUCUUUAAGGAAGGGUCCUAUAUUCAACGUAUGAAGCCAUGGUUUGAAGUUAGCGAUGACAAUGCUGGAUGGUCAGCACAGAAAGUAACCAAUCUGCAUCUCAUGCUGCAGCUGGUUCGAGUGUUGGUGUCUCCCACAAAUCCCCCUGGUGCCACCAGCAGUUGUCAAAAAGCCAUGUUUCAUUGUGGGUUGCUUCAACAGCUUUGUACAAUCCUGAUGGCCACUGGGGUUCCUGCUGACAUUCUUACUGAGACUAUUAACACUGUGUCAGAGGUAAUUCGAGGGUGUCAGAUAAACCAAGACUACUUUGCUUCAGUAAAUGCACCUUCAAACCCACCAAGGCCUGCAAUUGUGGUAUUGCUUAUGUCAAUGGUAAAUGAACGGCAACCAUUUGUGCUACGUUGUGCCGUCCUUUACUGUUUUCAGUGUUUUUUGUAUAAGAACCAGAAGGGACAAGGAGAAAUCGUCUCAACACUUCUGCCUUCAACUAUUGACGCAACAGGAAAUUCUGUCUCAGCUGGCCAGCUACUGUGUGGAGGACUCUUUUCUACAGAUUCACUCUCAAAUUGGUGUGCAGCUGUGGCAUUGGCUCAUGCUUUACAAGAAAAUGCCACUUUGAAAGAACAGCUACUAAGAGUCCAGCUUGCAACAAGUAUUGGUAAUCCUCCAGUGUCCUUACUCCAGCAAUGCACCAACAUUCUUUCUCAGGGUGAUAAGAUCGACAGACGGGGAAGCAAAGUGCAGACAAGAGUUGGAUUAUUAAUGCUGCUUUGUACUUGGCUCAGCAACUGCCCUAUUGCUGUAACACACUUUCUCCACAAUUCAGCCAAUAUUCCUUUUCUAACAGGACAAAUAGCCGAAAACCUUGGAGAAGAGGAGCAAUUAGUCCAAGGACUGUGUGCUCUUUUAUUAGGAAUUUCUAUUUAUUACAAUGACAAUUCACUUGAGAAUUACAAAAAGGAGAAAUUAAAGCAACUGAUAGAAAAGAGGAUUGGCAAAGAAAACUUUAUUGAGAAAUUGGGAUUUAUUAGCAAACAUGAAUUCUAUUCCCGAGCGGCUCAGAAACCUCAACCAAGCUUUUCUAGUCCAGACCAUAUGAUGUUCGAUCAUGAAUUUACUAAAUUAGUGAAAGAGUUGGAAGGGGUUAUAACAAAGGCUGUUUAUAAAUCAAGUGAAGAAGAUAAGAAAGAAGAGGAAGUAAAGAAAAGUUUAGAACAGCAUGACAACAUAGUGACACACUAUAAAAAUGUCAUAAGAGUACAGGACCAAGAGCUUGAAGAACUGAAGAAGCAAGUAGAAUCUUUGAAAAUGCAAAAUGAACAAUUUCAGACAACAAUCACACAACAAGUAUCACAGAUUCAGCAACACAAGGACCAAUAUAACCUUCUUAAAGUACAACUAGGUGCAACUGCGAGAAAAGAAAACCAGCAUCAUACUUCUCACAGUGAUGUGGCUCAAAUGAAUGGGGUUCAGCCAGAAGAUAUCAGCAAAUUGCGUGAUGAGAUUGAAGAAUGGAAACACAAGCUUGAACUAUUACAGGAACAGCUAAAAGAAAAGGAUUCUUUGAUUGAAACCUUAAAGCUCCCUUCAGUAGCAGGAGAUACAACAGAACAGUCUUCCCAAACCAAUAAACCAAGUGGUGGCCGUGAGGCUGACAACGAACUAUAUAAGGAAAUUGAAACGUUGAGGAGCAAAAUCCAGUCACAGUCUUCAGACAUUAAUAAACUUCAGACUGAAAAUCAAGAACUGCUUCAGAAACUGAGCCUAACUCCAGUUCCUGUAUCAGGAGAUGGCGGCACUGUUGUGGUCUCAAAGACAGCUGACUUGGAUGGGAGGCUCUCAACACUCUUGCAGGAGACUAAAGAAUUAAAGAAUGAACUUGCGUCCCUCAGUGAGGAAAAGGCCUCACUGAAAUCGCAGCUGGACUCAUCUAAUAGUACUGUAGCAAUUUUGCAAAACGAGAAAACUAAACUGCAACAAGAAUUGGCAGAAUCUAAAAAAGAGCAGGAUGACCUUCUGGUGCUUCUGGCUGAUCAAGACCAGAAAAUAAUUGCAUUAAAGAAUAAGCUCAAACAACUCGGAGAACCGGUUGAAGAUGAAGAUGAUACUGAGUCUGGUGACCAAGGCGAAGAUGAUGAAGAAGAGGAUGGAGAAGAAGAGGAAGAUUAAUUGUGCUUUAUAGUGUCAAAUAUGGGAAUCUUGUAAUGGGAAUCUUACAUGAACAAAAUGUGAUGCAAAAUAUGGUUAAGGAAGGAUCACUAGAACUAGUCCUGAGUUUCUGAUGCAGUCAAGAAAUGCUUUGUAGCUGAGAAUGAACUCGUCCAUUUUAAGUUUUAUUGCACAUGCGAAAUGAAUUGUUAAUGCAUUAAAGGCAGUUUUAGAUGCUUUCUGAAGCAUUGAAGGUAACGGCAUGAUAAACUAAAUGUGCUGCCAUUCGCAUUUGUGUUUGUCAUUACUUAACCUUUUUCUCUCUCUCUUUUUGAUCUUUGACGUGAUUAAAUAUGAUAUAACUAUGGUUUAACAUCUGUCAAAUUGCCUCCUAUAUUCAGCAUGGAGAGAGAAUUCAUGGGCUCUUUCUUGCUACCAUUUAUUCGAAGGUAGAAGGGAGAUGGAGUGGGCAAGUGAGAGGAUUAUACCUUGGGGGUUUCUUCUCAGUGGAUUUCACUUGAGGGGAACUGUCCAGCAUUGAGUGCCUUGUGCCUGAGAGGGCUGCGUUCUGUACCUCAGAAGCAAAGGAGGAGCUGAAAGAGUGUGGAAGGGUUUUCAUGAAGAGUAGGAUUUAAUAGUGCAUAAAAGCAAUUUUUUAAAAAACAGAAAUUCCAUGCAGAAAUAUUAGAUGCUACCAGAUUAUCCCUUUAAGACAAACCUUUGUUCUUUUCUUCAGGUCAUGUGCUGAUGGAUAAUUUAUUGACCUUAUUGCCCAAGAAAUAGAUUUUUUAAAAAGAGAAUUAUACACAGUUGCUGCAUCAACUUGUUUUGGUAAUAAAAAUAGAUGCUAUUAA